AUGUCAUAUUCACGUGGCACCAUCCCCUCUGUCAGUGUGAGUCCAGAUGAACCCCCAGCCCAGACCGAAGUGAAGCCUGUGGUGAUGGGUGUGAUCCUGAGCGUCUUUGCUUGCCUUAUCAUCUCCACAAACCUUCUAGUAGCUGCGUCUCUACUCAAGCUUCUUCUGAAGAAGAGCAGCCAGAGCUGGUGCUUUGUCCUCAACCUGGCCCUGGCAGACGCUCUGGUGGGCGUGGCCAUCACUGGUCUGGCGACAGAGGACUUCAACAGCGACAAUGUCACCUACAACAACGCUGUCGAUCUUCCAAUGAACAUUACGCAGCUGACACAAGGAAAGAGUCACUGCCUGAUGCGGAUGGCCUUCGUGAUGUCGCCCUGUACAGCAUCUGUCAUGACCAUGUUCCUCAUCUCUUUGGACCGCUACGCAGCCAUCAAGAUGCCGCUGCGGUACUCCAGGCUGUCGGGGAAGGGGACGGCAGUGGGGUCGCUGCUGGUUCUGUGGAUCUCUGCUUUUACAGUGGGAUUCUUGCCAGUUAUGGUGCGGCAGAUGCAGACAGACAGCUACCACGGCUUCUGUGCCUUAUUCGCGGUGGUUCACCAGGUGAGAAUGGUGGCGUUACUCAGCGCCUGCUUCUUCCCCAUGGUUUCUGUGUUUGUCUACAUCUACCUCGACAUCCUGAAGAUCUCCUACAGCCACCACAAGCAGAUCCUCCAGAUCAGGAAAGCUGGCUCCAGGACAGCUGAGCACGGCUGCAAUCAGGAGCAUCAUCACCAGCAUCAACAGAUGUGGAUGUGUCUCAUGGUUCACGUGAAGGCCUUGAAGACUGUGGGGGUGCUGGUUGGCUGCUUCUUGCUGCUCUGGUGUCCAUUCUUUAUCACAUGUGUAGUUCACCUUCUGUGUAAAAGCUGCAACGUUACUAAAAUGCUGGAGAAUCAUCUGUGGCUCUUAGGAUUGUCUAACUCCCUGAUCAACCCCCUGGUAUACUCUUGCUGGCAAAAAGAGGUGCGGCUACAGCUGGCGGCCAUGUUUUCCUGCUGUAAGGGAAGAUCUUCUGCUUCAGGACUGCCACAUCCAACAUAAAGAUGUAAUCUGCAGCCCCCUCCUUUGACAAAACCUGCUGUUUCUGGGGCAGAUAUCCUCAACCUUUCCCAUGACAAGGCAGAGUCCAACUAUCUGCCCCAACAAGCCCUUUGA